AUGUCAGCUGAAGAAGCCUCAGGACUCGAAGCCGCCCGCAAGCAGAAGAUCCACAAUCUGAAGCUUAAGACGGGAUGCCUUGAGAAUGAGGAGCUUAUUCAAGAGCUCCACAUAUCCGACUGGUCGGAAAUGCAGCGACAGAAACUGCGUGGUUCCCAUGAGAAAGCUCAGGAAUUGCUCGCGUCUGUCGAGAUGGGAACCAAGUGGAAUCUGAUGGAGGCGUACGACCUGGCUAAGCUGAUGCGUGUAUGCGGUUUGGAGAUGAACCAGCGCGAGUUAUACCGUCCGGAGGACAAGCCUCAGCUAAUGGAUAUCAUUGGCAUAAAGAAGGUGCUGCAGGAUUUGCGCCAGAACCGCAAUAAGACACGCGUGGUGAGCUUUACGCAAUUGAUUGACAACAGCAUCGCCAAGAUUGAGAAGGUUGAAGAGGAACUGCGCCGCUCACAGCUAGACGCAACGCAGUUGGCCCAGGUGCCAACACGCACUCUGAAGAUGGUCGAGGACAUUAUGAACACGACGCAGAUCCAGAAUGCGUUGGCGUCGACGGACGACCAGAUGAAGACGCUGCUUGCGCAAUUGGAGAAGACUAACGAGAUCCAGAACGUCGCGAUGCACGAUGGUGAGAUGCAGGUGGCAGAGGAGCAAAUGUGGACGAAGGUACAGCUGCAGGAACGCCUGAUCGAGCUGUUGAAGGACAAGUUUGGAUUGAUCAGCAAGGUCGAGGAGGAGAACGCGCAAUUCAAGGAGAUCUACGAGGUGCAGAAGCAAGCGAACCAGGAGACGAGCCAAAUGAAGGAUGCGAAGCGCCGCCUCAAGCAGCGGUGCGAGACAGACCUCAAGCACAUUCAGGAUGCGAUCCAGCGUGCCGAUAUCGAAAAUGCCGAGGCGACAAAGCGGUACGCCGCUGGGAAGGAGCGCAGUGAGCGUGCCGUCCGCGAGAACGAGGAUGCGCAGGAGGAGAACUGGAACAAGAUCCAAGAUCUCGAGCGCCAACUCCAGCAAUUGGGCACGGACCGCUUCGACGAGGUGAAGCGCCGCGUUGAAGAGAUUGAUCGCGAGGAGAAGCGUCGCGUGGAGAACGCGCAGUUCCUGGAAAUCGCAUCGCAGCACAAGAAGCUUCUGGAGCUGACAGUGUACAACUGCGACGUGGGGAUCCGGUGCACGGGUCUCAUUGAGGAGAUGGUGGCGGAAGGCUGCGCUGGUGUCAAGGCGCGGUGCGAUAAGGCUAACCAGGAGCUUGCUGCACUACGUCUCGAGGUGCACAAGGAGCACCUGGAAUACUUCCGCUUCCUUUACCUCACUUUGGGCUCGUUAAUCUACAAGAAGGAGAAGCGCCUCGAGGAGAUCGACCGAAACAUCCGUACGACGCACAUUCAGUUGGAGUUCUGUGUUGAGACGUUCGACCCGAAUGCGAAGAAGCACGCGGACAUGAAGAAGGAGCUCUACAAACUGCGCCAGGGUGUAGAGGAGGAGCUAGCGAUGCUGAAGGAGAAGCAGGCGGUCACACUGGACGACUUCAAGGAGUCUGAGGAGGCCCUGGAUGCCGCUGGUAUCGAAUUCAGCCACCCUGUCGAUGAGAACAACGAGGAGGUCCUGACUCGUCGUAGCAAGAUGGUGGAGUAUAAGUCGCAUCUGACGAAGCAAGAGGAGGUGAAGAUCGCUGCUGAACGUGAGGAGAUCAAGCGAGCCCGACUUCUGCGCUCCGGCGCGACUGCAGCACAGAUCGCUGGCGGGACGGGUGCUGAUGCAGCGAUCGCAGCGGAUAACGGUCAGAUUGAGGCAUAA